CUCAGAAUUUUCUGAACCACAGUAAGUCGGCAUAUCGAAAGAGAGUGUGAGCAACACGGCAAGAAGAACCUAAUGAGGAAGGACUGCAGCGGCGGCGGAGGAGCUGCUAUGCCGGCUUCCCCCUCACCGCUUUUCUUCCCCUGCCUCGACGCCAAACCCUUCGUCGCCACCCUCGUCGUCAUAACCCUCAUCAUGGCCAUUUGGCAACUCCAACCCUACGAAUCCCUCUUCUCUUCUUCCCCUUGUCCCAUCCCUAAUUCCCCCUCUUCAUCUACCUCUAACCUCAGGCAAAAAUUCGCAUCUUUUUCUUCUCCCAUUACCUCAACUCUCCUCCCCAACUCCUCCUCCUCCCCUUUCCUCAAGCAAAAAAUCGAAUCUUUUUCUUCUCGUAAUGCCUCAACUCCCAGUACCAGCUCUCGCUCCAGCCUCAUCACCGACCCCAAUCUGCGCACUUUUCGCUCCUACGGCAACGCCGCCUCCCUCUUCGUCCUGAUGGGUGCUUACCGAGGAGGCCCCACCACCUUCGCCAUUGUCGGCCUCGCUUCCAAACCCACCCACGUCUUUGGUAAGCCCUGGUUCAAAUGCGAGUGGGUUCCCAACUCCAACUCCUCCCCCAUUCGCACCAAAGCUUACAAGAUCCUCCCCGAUUGGGGCUACGGCCGCGUUUACACCGUCGUCGUCGUCAACUGCACUUUUCCGUUCAUCCCCAACGCCGACAACACCGGUGGAAAGCUCUUUGUUAAUGCCUACUAUUCCCCCUCUCCCCGCCGCUACGAGAAAUUUCUUGCACUCGAAGAACCUCCCGGUUCCUACAACAAAUCCCUUUUCAGCCCUCCCUACAAGUACGACUAUCUCUACUGCGGUUCAUCUCUGUAUGGGAACUUGAGCUCCAGCAGGAUUCGGGAAUGGAUGGCUUACCACGCGCACUUCUUCGGUCCAAAAUCGCAUUUUGUGUUCCAUGAUGCCGGCGGCGUGAGCCCUGCGGUUAGAGCGGUGCUUGAUCCGUGGGUGAAGCUUGGGAGGGCGACGAUACAGGAUAUUAGAGCACAGGAUGAGUAUGAUGGGUAUUAUUAUAAUCAGUUCUUGGUGGUGAAUGACUGUCUUCAUAGGUAUCGGCAUGCGGCGACUUGGACCUUUUACUUCGAUGUGGAUGAGUAUAUUUAUUUGCCGGAUGGGAGGACACUGCAGGAAGUGCUUGGUGAGCUUUCGAAUUAUACGCAGUUUACUAUUGAGCAGAAUCCUAUGUCGAAUGCUCUGUGUGUGAAGGAUCCCGGCAAGGAUUACUCCAGGGAAUGGGGAUUUGAGAAGCUAGUAUUCAGGAAUUCAAUCACCGGUGUGAGAAGAGAUAGAAAAUACGCGAUCCAAGCGAAAAAUGCUUUUGCCACUGGAGUUCACAUGUCUGAGAAUGUCAUCGGACCAACUACACACAAAACCGAAUCCAUAAUCCGGUACUAUCACUACCACAACUCCAUCAAUGUCUUAGGGGAGCCGUGUCGAGAAUUCAUACAGAUGCCUGUGAAAGGCAAUGUGACUUGGUACGAGAAGAUACCAUAUGUUUACGAUGACAACAUGAAACGCCUCUCCGACGAAAUCAAGAGAUUUGAGGAGCAAACAAUCGGUCACCUUCGUGUUAAUGAUAAAACAACCUGAGAUUGAAAGAUAUUUUCAGCAUUCUAAAACAACCUGAGAUUGAAAGAUGUUUUCAGCAUUCUUUUGUUGUUGCUCUCUUGGGAGAAAUGGAAAUUUGAACAGAUUCAAGAAUGAGCUUGUUAAAGAAGGAGAAUUGAAAACCUAGGAAGCCAUUGGUCACCAUUAUUGUAGAGGUAUGGUUCUGGUUAAAGUGUUUUAUCUUGUUGUUGUACAUGACCUUCUCCAGCAAAUUUGUUCUUUUGAGGGUCUAUGCUCCUCUUGUUCUCUACCUUCUUUGUUAUAUUAAGAUAUACUGUUUUUUUU